AUGCCUCCGGUGAAAAUGACCUUGGCUUUCACUCACAAAUUUUUAAAUCACACUCACAUUCAUACACUCAGAAACUCUGGUGUGGGCAAGAAGAGCCUGGAGCCAUCCAUCCAGCAGGAGUGCCAAUAUCUCACUGAAGCUUUUGCCCUUCAGCAAGGCAAGCCUUUUGAUGCCCAAUCACUGAUUACCAGUGCUGUGUUGAGGGAAGUUUGUGGAUACAGUGUAAAUUUGAUAUUCACUCUGAUACACAACUUAAUGGACUUUGUAGAGAUCAGGAUCAAAGAACACAGAGAAAGCCUUGACCCGCCCUCACUGAGACACUACAUCGACUGCUUCCUCACAGAGAUGGGAGAGGCGAGUGACAAAGAUUCUGGUUUUGAUUUAAAAAAUUUGUCUGUUUGCACUCUGGUCCUGUUUGGUGCUGGAACUGAAACUACUACCACAACUUUACACUGGGGACUGCUAUUCAUGAUGUACUACCCUGACAUACAAGAGAGAGUCCAGGCUGAGAUAGAAUCUGUCGUUGGUUCAUCCAGACUGCCCUCUGUGACUGACAGAGAAAACAUGCCCUAUACUGAUGCAGUCAUCCAUGAAAUCCAGAGAAUGGGCAACAUUGUCCCCCUUAAUCUGGUCCACAUGACAAACAAGGACACCAUGCUUGACAAGUACACAAUCCCAAAGAUAACCAAUAACUACCCGUAUGAACUGAACUCAGUUCUACAUGAUGAGUCGCUGUGGGAAACUCCACACACCUUCAACCCUCAACAUUUUCUGGAUCAGGACGGCAAAUUUUUCAGCUGGUUAGUAAGCCGUCAGCUUAAUGAAAUGGUAUGUAAGCAUGUGUGUCUUAGGGAGCAGCUGGCCAGGAUGGAGUUAUUCCUCUUCUUUACCUCCCUUCUUCAGAGGUUUUCUUUCUCGGCAUGCGCUGGAGAGCAACCAAGUCUGGAGUACAAUUUGGGAGCCACUGGCUGUCCAAAGAUGUACGAGGUUUGCAGUUGCUGA